GCUCUGUCUCUCGUCUCUCCAACGUGCUCCGGUGACGAUAAAAAAAAAACCGACGACCACUGGCACCGAAACUAACUAACUAACACCAGCACACGCCUCUGUUCUCCGUCUUCCUCGGCUAUCAAAUUUACAGUUUUACCCCUUUGAGUUGUUGUCUCGUUGGAGAGAUAUUAUUCUUCUUCUCUUCCGUUGCAACUUGCAAUGAUUUUGAGGUCAAAUUGAGGUUUAAUUGGAGAGAUCAGAGUGCAAAUCAUAUCGGUGGGUGUUGAGAUGGGGAAUGCUGAAGAAGCGAGAUGUGUUUUCCCCUUGACCAGUCUCCAGAUCGGAGACUUGCAGUCAUAUCUUUCUGAUCUCAGUAUUUUCAUGGGCAAUAAAAGUAAGAAGAUUUACAUAUUGGUGGACAACCGGCCGUGGUUGAAUCCAGGCACCCGAUCUGCUCAUUUCUGGCAACUUAUGGUUACAAAGUCCAGACUCUCCCCUUUUGCAAACUCGAAAGGUCGAGAAGGGAAGAAAAAGCAGAAGCAGGAGGAGGAGGAGAAGCCUAAAGAGGAGGCGUGUUCCCAGCCCAAUGACAAGAGAAUAAAAGAGCUCAAGAAAUGGUUCUCAUUGAUUGAUGCGACAACAUUUUCGAAGAACAAAAUACCUGCAAAGAAACUGCCAAGCUCUUUGUAUCUAAAAAAGCAGCUGCACAAGACCUUGUAUGGUUUCAUCGUGUUUGAAGUUGAAUGGGACAAUGUGAGGGGUAUCAAUUACUUGAAUGAGCUACAGACAGACACCUCUCUUGCUAUUGAAGCCAAGUUGAUGCGAAGGUGGGAGUUUGAGAGUAUCGAUCAAGCUGUAACAAAUAUGUCUCAGUGGUUCUCUGGAUCAAAAUCUGAAAGAUCUUGCUUGAUGGAAUAUCUUGACACAACUAAAGGAGAGGAGUUUCAUGAUGCCGAAGCUGAUUUCUCGAAAACUUCUCCUGUUGAUGACGACGAAACAAAUGACUCUCCUUGUUGCUCAAGAAGUGUCUUCAGCGUUGACCAUUCAAAUGCAAACUAUGAUGAGAACGAGCCGCACACACCGCCUCUGACCGGACCAUACAAGAGAAGAAGAGUGACAAAGGCAGUCAGCACCGGAGUUGAAUUUGACUAUAUGGAGGAAACACCCAAAAGAAAAGAUAACUCGACUGACCACUGGGAAAGCCAUGUACCUGAUGGUGAGAACAUCAUUGAACCAACUGAGUAUAAAGAUGUCCUAGUUCUUGUCAGAUUUGGUGACCGGGAUCUACCCUUCAAAUUCCGAGAGGUUAUAAUGUCUGACGUACGCUUGCUCACUCUGCUCGAAGCUGGUCUCCCUUCUUGGGUCCUGUUCCUACAGUCUUACCCUGGCUUUUGCCAUCUUUAUCGACCAUGGAUGUGCCUUCUCGCCAGAACACUGUACGUGAUCAUAUCAAUCAUCACCGUUGUGAUCGGCUUUUACGACCUGUACAAAAACGUCCCCGUACUAAAGGCCACUGCAUCUCGGCUCUGCGGGCCGCUCUUUGAUUGGGUCGAAACAUGGGACAUGGUGUCGCGGAUAAAGUACUUGGGGACGAUGCUUUUCCUUCACAACGUUCAGAAAGCUGUCAAGUGGGCUAUGACGAUGGCACGCGCUGUGCAGUCGUUUGUUUCUUUGCUCGUGAUGCCUCUGGUGAAUCCUCUCUUGGAGGUUCUCGGUUUGCUCAUGCCGUUGUGGAACUCGCUGGCGGAGACUGUUGAGAGCUUGGUCUCAGUGGUUUGGAUAGUGGUCGAGUCUUGUUACAAUAUUGUUGGCGAGGUGGUGGAGUUAGUCCUUUUGCCCAUCUCGCUAGUUUGGAACAUCACGAGUGCGGUUUUGCUGCCUCUAUUUUGGAUCAUAUCGGAAGUGUUAAAAGGACCGUUCCGAGCGGUUGCUGCAUUGGCCAGCGGUUUAGCUUUUUCUUUCUCAUACAUAUUCGAUGUUCUCGGAGAUUUAUGGCAGUACAUGAGCAGAGUACUUCAGCUUGCAUCAGAUUCGCAAGAAGCUGUCAAGACAUAUGAAGUCUCCAUGUGGCGUACACUGUGGGACGAACUCUUUUCUCAUGUUUUUCGUGCUGUCAGGAGUAUAUUGAACGGGUUUGUAGCCUUCUUUGCUGCCUGUAACAGACACCGGCUUAGUAUAUAUAACCACCUACAAGAUUUUAUCCAGAGACUACAUGGGAAAACCUCGAGACGAGACUCUAGAAACUCAAAAUAUGGGAGGUCUGCUAAGAACCAUCAACGUACAGGAGAUGACAUAAGAAGGAAACUGCACCUUGCAUAGAAGUCAACAUAAGGAUCUUAAUCCUUUUGAUUCUUUUUUUUCUUACCGGAAAUGAUAGGUUGUUAGAGUAUAGAUAGAUUUUACAUUUCACUGAUGUUCUGUCGGCAAAAAAACAUUUGUCCAUUUUUAGCCAAAGAUGUAUAUACUACUUACUAUAUAGGAAAGGAAUGAGUCACUCUUCUAUCAAA